AUGCAAUCCACUGAUUCAUUGAGAGAAUUAAAUACCAAUCUCUUAGCUGAGAUUGCCAAACUUAGGAAGGAGAAUACUGAAAUUCCUGAACUUAGAGAGAAGCUACUAAGAUUUGUUGAGGUUGAGGCUGAGAAUGCAAGGUUGAUGCAAAUUAUUGAGGAGAAUGCAAGGCAUGAUGCUGAGAAUGCUGAACUCAAGUCUAGAGUUGGAGAACUUGAGGCUAGACUUGCAUUAUUAGAACAGGGUUCAGCAGUGGAUGGGAUGGCGUUGUCAUUUGGUCAGACACAAAAUGAUAAAGAAGCGAUGUCAGUGGUGACGGUACCAACUGUUGAUGUACCCAGUUCUGUAAUAGACCAACUCAAUAAUGAAGUAGGACGAGCACCUAGUAACCUUGAUGGUAACAAUGAGGAAAUGGUCAAUUUCUUGGAUGAGGUGUGUAAGAAAAGCAUUAGCAAUGAGAUUAGAAAGAGGUGGUGGGAAAAGAAACAGAGAGAUCAAGAGACACUUUUAAUUUCUCAGGAUGUGACUAAAAUUCCUGAAGUCACGGACAUGUUAACUUCAGAGCAAGACAAGCAAGGCUUGUCACAAUCUUAUGAGGCUAGUUCUGAGAGCAUGAGUUCAGCAUAUUGCAUCUUACCAAAGCAACUGCAAGUUAAUGCAUCCAAAUUAGCAUAUAAUCUUGAAAACCAGGAACUUAAAUUCAAUCAGCAUGAUGAAGUUAUUACCAAGUUGGAUAAAAAUAUAAUUGUGGAACAGGAAUUAAAGCAACAGUUAUCGUCACCUGUACAUACAUCUAGAUCAGAUCAAACUUCAGAAGAACAGGAUCCAUCUUUAGAUACCACACAAAAUAUAGUUUGCAUGUUCAAGAAAGCUAAUAAACUUGGUCAAGAAGCAAUUUUAUACUGGUGCUACUUUAUACAAAAAUAUGACAAAAGGAUUGAUAACUUUGUUGCUGGUGGAGUUAAGAAAAAAACUGCAACAUCUAUGGUAUAUCAUGAAAUCAAACAGCUUCUACCUGAAAUAACAGAU